AUGGCAACAUGAUCAAAUAUAGGACUACAAAAUAGAUUAUCACCUUUAAUAGAACAAUUAAAUUUUUUUCAUGAUCAUACUAUUCUUAUUUUAAUUAUAAUUACAACUUUAAUUACAUAUAUUAUAUUUAUAUUAUUUUUUAAUAAAUUUACUAAUCGUUAUUUAUUACAUGGACAAACAAUUGAAAUUAUUUGAACAGUUCUGCCAGCAAUUAUUCUUAUAUUUAUUGCCUUUCCUUCUCUUCGAUUAUUAUAUUUAUUAGAUGAAAUUAAUUCUCCUUUAAUUACUUUAAAAACUAUUGGUCAUCAAUGAUAUUGAAGUUAUGAAUAUUCUAAUUUUAUAAAUUUAGAAUUUGAUUCUUAUAUAAUUCCUACUAAUACUCUUGAAAAUAAUGGAUUUCGAUUAUUAGAUGUAGACAAUCGAAUUAUUCUUCCUUACAAUAAUCAAAUUCGAAUUUUAGUAACAGCAACUGAUGUUCUUCAUUCUUGAACUAUUCCUUCUCUUGGAAUUAAAAUUGAUGCUACUCCUGGUCUUAAUCAAACUAAUUUUUUUAUAAAUCAACCAGGUCUUUUUUUUGGUCAAUGUUCAGAAAUCUGUGGAGCAAAUCAUAGAUUUAUACCUAUUGUUAUCGAAAGAAUUCCUAUAAAUUAUUUCAUUAAAUGAAUUUCUUCUCAAAUUAAUU